AUGACCAGCAGGUCACUGGGUGCACCGACUCUCCAGGAGGCUGAGAUGGACGGUGGCCGCAGUGUUGCAUCCCGUGCCGCCAGCAUUUUCGCUAUGCCGGGUGACGAACGUCCGAUGACCAGCGGGUCACUGGGUGCACCACCUCUCCAGGAGGCUGAGAUGGACGGUGGCCGCAGUGUUGCAUCCCGUGCCGCCAGCAUUUUCGCUAUGCCGGGCGACGAACGUCCGAUGACCAGCGGGUCACUGGGUGCACCACCUCUCCAGGAGGCUGAGAUGGAUGGUGGCCGAAGCGCUGUGUCUUCUGUGACCUCAUUUAUUUCUAAAGGUGGGCAGGGCCGCUUUGCAAGGGGCCGGUCCGUCGUAUUCCUCUCUGCCCAGGAGGCUGAAAUGAGUUAUUGGCACCUCCCUCCGUGUGCAGCCAGUGUCGUUGUGGUGUCUGGUGACGA